GCAGGGGCCGCAGACAGCGCCGGCCCUAACAGGUUAUUAGGGAAAUUUCCAUAUUUUUUAAUAUAUACCGCAAUAUUUAUAUUUCAAUUAAUAAAAAAUAUGAUUAGUCGUAAUAUAAUAAAUAAUGUUAAUUAGAGCCAUGUUUGUACAUAUAUGAUUCGUCCGUCUUACAAGUUGACUGCGGCAUGUCGUCCUCAUCCUCAUGUCCUCGGGGCGCCGACAUCCUGGACCUGGACAGAUACAUGCGAGCCUCCAGGCCAGCCCACCACCACACACGGGAUCGGCUGAUCGUAGACGCUGGCGGCGCUGACAGGAUCCCGCUAGCGUGUUCCAGUGUAGACAGCAUGAGGUCACCGCGGGGUAGAGAUCACACCAAGAGGUACUCCCACGACUCAGGACUGUCCGAUGACAGCUACGUGAAGAAGAGACAUCGAUCGCACAGACGGUCAACAGAGACCAAGCGUGUACCGUCCCGCGUGGGGUCCAAGUCGUCAGUUCGUGAGUUUCGCGCCGCUUGUGAAAAGGUUCUGAGAGAGCAACAGGAGCAAAUAGCGAGAGUUACAGAACUGUGCCAGAAGUUGGUGCAGCCGCAAGUCGCCCAUAUAAAUAUAGGAGCCAGUUGUUCCAUGCCGGUUGGACAGACCAGUUCAGAUCGAGACAGAGGAAUUGUUGAAAAUAAGCAGAUCUGUAGCAAGCAACAAGCCGCUCACAGUUUAGACCACAAUAGAAGCCGUGAUCAGGCGAUCCAGAUGACACAGAGUAAUAUAAAGGAACAGCAAGCGGUGCCAAGUAAAGUAGCAAAACAGAAUUUUGGUCAAAACGUGAAGCCAGUGGAGCCAACGGAUUCAAGCGACAGCUCGACCAGUAACAGUUCCAAAGAAUUGCGGAGAAAAGAAAGACUUAGGUCAGAUUCAUGUAAAACCUACAACAUCAUAAUGAACAAGUUGGACCAACUGAACCAUUUGUUCACCGCUCGUCGUGUCUCGCCUCCAGUCCCUUCACCCCUGGUCUCCCCGCGCCGGGCGGUGCCCCUCAACGCUCCGUCGUCAGAGUGUGUGUCUGUUAGUAACAAACUCGUGGCCACAGAGGACUUGCGCGUGCAGAAACACCAUUACAGUCCAACGAUUCAGGUAUUCCCCGUUCAGACUCGCGUCACCCGAGGUCCUGGAACUCAUAGCUCACGUCUCAGCAGCUGUCGGGGCCGGAGGCUGGCCGUGGCAGAAGCUCAUAAUUUGGACAUCCCUCCAGAACAGGCCGGGGACAGUCAGUGUGAGCGCGGAGAGGGAGAGGGCUGGAGUGAACUUCCACGAGAAUUUGAUCUGGACGAUCCUGUGACGCUUUACGCUCAAGCAAAACGUCUGCAAGCAUUUCACGCAAGAACUCGCACGAAACAAUACAACCGCACCUCAGACAAGUCGGGCAACAAGUUGGACAGCAAGUUAGGCAACAAGUUGGACAAAGAUUUGGGCGACCAGUUUGACAGUAAAUCUUUGUGUGCGUUAUGCCGCUUCUACUGGCGUGCUUUGAGGCGUUGUAUAACCCAACAAUUAUUUGGGACUUGUUCUUAAUGUGUUAAUUAGAAUAAUCACUAAUUACGGCCGAACUAAGGUAUACAAAUUGAGAUAUUCAUUUGAUUGCAAUACUUUUUUUUAACAAAUAAAGAAUAGACAAGCUGUAUAAUGGUGUUUGAUCAUUUCAAUAUAUAU